AUGAACAAGCAAGAAUUCGCAGAUAUCAUCUUCGGAGAUAAACCAGAAAAGAGAGCCAAAUGGUUCGAACUUUUUAAAGAUCCAGUAUUUGUCCCCAAAUGGAAUGUAACACUAGAGUAAACUAGAGAAGAUGCUUAUCAAAUGCUUAAGAAAGUUACUGAUGCAAAAAUAGUAUCUGUCACUGACUUCCUUCAUGAUCCAACCAACAUUUUUACUGCUCAUGAAUUCUUAGGACAGGUUAACCCCUCUACAGGCACCAAGUUCACAGUUCAAUUUAAUUUGUUUGGAGGCACUGUUGUUGGUCUACACACUGAGAGACAUAAAUAUCUCUUCCCAAAAAUUGACAAUCUCUCAGUUAUAGGAUGCUUCUGCCUUACUGAGCUAGGAUAUGGAAAUAAUGCUGUCAAAAUGGAGACUACUUCAACCUAUGACGAUUCCAAAAAAGAAUUCAUUGUUCACACUCCAACUGUGCUCAGUCAGAAGUAUUGGAUAACUAAUUCAGUUUGCCACGCUAACUAUGCAAUUGUUUUCGGACAGACUAUUGUAAAAGACAAAAAUGAGGGAGUAAAUGCCUUCCUAGUUAGAAUCAGAGAUGAAAAGGGGUAAGUCAUGCCAGGAGUCAAGAUUGUUGAAAUGGGCUAAAAGCUAGGACUCAACGGUGUUGAUAAUGGGGCACUUUACUUUGACAAGGUUAGAAUUCCUAGAGAAAAUAUGCUAAACAAAUAUGCAGAUGUAGAUGAAAGUGGAAAGUUCCAUAGUGAUACUAAGAAUAUCCCUUCUAGGUUCUUCAAAGUGACUGAGAGACUUGUCUCUGGUAGACUUUGCAUCGCUUCCCUCGCUAUGGGUGGAACAAGAUCAUGUCUCUAUAUAGGCAUAAAGUAUGCUAUGUAAAGAAUGGGAGUUGGUGAAUCAGGCCUAAGUGACACUCCAAUCUUCAAGUAUCAACUCUAAUAAAAUGCUAUACUUCCACUGCUAGCAAGAUCAAUUGCUUUGAAUAUCUCCCAUAACAGAACAAAGCAAAUCUUUGCUAAUCCAUAGGGACAUGAACAUGAACUCCUUAUGAUGUGCUGCAUUGAUAAGUGUUUAGUUGUCUGGAAUUUUGAUAAAGUCAUUACCACUUGCAGAGAGAGAUCAGGUGGUCAAGGUUACCUUGCUUGUAAUAGAUUUGGAGAUUAUCUUGCUCUCGCUCACGCUGGAAUGACAGCUGAGGGAGAUAAUAGAGUCCUUAUGAUUAAAAUUGCUAAGGAUAUGAUGACUAACAUUGGUUCUAAAAAAUCUGCUCUUCCAGCAAUGUAAUUCUGCCCCAAAAACUAAAUCCCCUAGUUCCAUGAUAUCACCAGUCUUGAAACCUUAUUGGACUUGCUAAAAUUCAGAGAAAUUUACAACUUCAACUCAUUAGUCUAACAAAUCUAGCACAAGACUAAGACUGAAAAGAAACCACAGUUCAAUGUCCUUAUGUUCGAGGUUUCUGACAUCAUUCAAAACCUAUCAACAUCGUAUGGUGAAAGACAAGCCAUGCAAUUCUGUAUCGAUAAACUUGCCUAGAUUUCGCAUGUCCCAACCAAAUAAACCUUUGAACUUAUUUUUAGAAUUUAUGGUAUUGAUAGUGUCCUAAGAGAAUCUGGUUUCUAUCUAUCUGAGGGUGUCGUUAGUGCCCAAGCUGUUAAGAACGCUCACGGAUCUCUUAUUAAGCUUAUCAAGGAUUUGGCAGUUAUCACUCCAGAUAUUAUUGAAAACAUGAAUGUGCCAGUUCAUGCUCUCCACACUCCCAUUGCAGGUGAUUAUGUCAAGUAUAAUGAAGAGCCAUAUUUCGGUGAAGUUGUUAAUGCCAAGCUUUGA